ACGUUCCGAUGUUGAAACCAGAUGUCUCGGGUACAAAUUUCAAAGUCAAGGUCAACACGUGGCGACCAGAAAAUAACACGGGACAGGCUUAUGAUUCUUUUCAAGAAAUAAGGAUUUUCGCUUCCGCUCGUUUGGCGGUAGAAGACAAAAUAAAAAUGUUGGAUUUCAUGAAAAAAUUUCGAGAAAACGAACUGGGAUUUAGUUGCGGUGGUUUUUUCGUUGUGUCGAAAGGAUGUCCGGUAAAGGUAUACAGUUCGCUCUAUUCUGCCUUCAACGUUCUGAUGCAAAUUCGGGACAUUUUGAAAGGUGGAGAUGACAAGUGCAUUUCUUUCGUUGCGCACAUUUUAAAUUUAUCUAAAAAUUCCACUUUGUUGCAAAAAUAAUCGCUAAUAAUUACCAUUUACGGAAUAUUGUAAACAUUUUACUUGAUUUCAACACUAAUUAUUGUAGAAAAUUAAAUCGGUUUGAACGUUUCAUUUUUCAAGCCUUAGAAAAUAAAAUUAAACAUUAUAUUAUAUAUAACUAACAGUAUUUAUUCUGUAU